AUGAUGACGCUGCCUUCCUCCGCUUGUUCUUCCCCUCUCUUAAAGCUGUCGGAUCCUAGUAUGUGGAAAGAGCACAGGUGAUGUUGGGAAGGGGGAGGCAGGAGGAAGUGGGAGGAGGAGGGUAGGGAAUAAUAAUAAUAGCUAAGUGGGGGCUGGAGCUGGCAGGAGGUCCAGACGGGAACUGAUUUUCUUUCUCCAGGGCUAUUUUCAUUCAAUGAGUUCGCCUCCCUCCUCUCUCCCUUUCCCCAGGCUCCUCCUGAUAGGCUGAGGCCCCCAUUUGAAGUGCCUCUCUCCUCUCCGAUUGGCCAGCGGGGACAGCCCCGUCUGAAAGCGGUGGGCGGUCCCUUGCCUUGAAAUAGGCUGCUCAGCGCUCAGCCCUCUCUGCCCAGCGCCAGCUCCUGCCUUUGUCUGCCGGGUGCUGUUUGUCUGAGGGACGACAGCACAGAAAUCCCGGCUCUGGAGCAGCGACAGCAGCACUCGAGCUGUGCCAGGAGGGGUGGGAAAGACCUGCAGGGUCAAGGAAGCCUGCCGGGUCCCCAGCACUGAUUUUGCCCUCUUUUCCUUCUCCGCAGCAAAGUGUCAGGCCAGCAGCGGACUCCUGUUGAUCGAGAGCAGGGAGGCAAGCCGGAGCGGCGUUUUUCCAGGGCGGGUUGCCCUCUGUGGCAUGUGACAACCCCUUCCCCGCCACGGGACACGGCAGCGGUCUAG